UCACUCGAUUUGCCACAAAUUUCAUUGCUUUGGAGACUAUUGUCAGGCAUAAACAAGCACUAAGGGAAAUGUUUACAUCUGAUGCUUAGAAAAACUCAAGGUUUGGAAUGGCAAAAUCAGGCCCAGCAUAUGAUUCAAAGAAAAUUAUCUUAGGCAAAGAGUUUUGGCAAAAGGCCUCUGAUAUAAUUAAAGUGCAAGAACCCUUGGUGAAAGUUCUUAAAUUGGUUGAUGGUGAUGAAAAACCAACCAUGGGCUUCAUAUACGAGGCAAUUGAUAGGGCGAAGUUGGCCAUUCAAAAAGAUUGCCGGUUUUACAAAGACUAUUGGAAAAUUAUUGACAACCGGUGGAGUUUUCAGUUGCACCAAGAUUUGCACGCUGCUGGGUAUUUUUUGAACCCACAAUUUCUUUAUGGUGCCCCACCCUCUCCUGAAGUUGCUAGAGAAGUCAUGGAUGGAGUUAAAAAAGUGAUAACCAAGUUGGUACCCGAUAUAGAUACUCAAAUUCGGGCUAUUAAUCAAUUGUUGCUAUAUCGAGAUAGGCAAGAGACUUUUGGAACCCCGUUGGCUCAAAGGGCAGUAAAACAAACAAAUCCUGGUAAAUAUGGCUAUAUAGCUAAAUAAUAGAGAAUUACUCUAUUUUCUCUCUUUGUGUUCAAAUUUGACUUUUGAAAUACGCUAUACUAACAUAAAACUCUUUUUAAUUAUUCAUGCAGCUGAAUGGUGGAUUCAUUAUGGCUUGUGUGCUCCUGAGCUCCAAAGAAUAGCAAUUAGAGUUCUUAGCCAGACCACAUCAGCUUCGAACUGUGAGCGUAAUUGGAGCACCUUUAGCCUCAUCCAUACGAAAACAAGAAAUAGAUUAAAG